AUGGCACUUUUGGCCCCGAGCAUCAUGUCAACCACUACCUGCCUCCAGCUCGAUGAGCUGCAAAAGCAGUCGACAAGUUUCCAUCGCUAUAUAUUCUCCAGUCCUUCCGUAACUUCUACCACAAUCAAAGAGGAGGAAAAAAGGCUAGUUUCUCAAACGGUGGAGGCAAGACAGAGCGUGCUACUGCUGAAGGGUAUUCGCGAACAAUACACCCUGGUGAACGAUCAUACUAUUCCCGCAAUUCUGCAUCCUGGGGAGAUUCUUGUGAAGGUUCUUGCAAUCGGGCUCAAUCCGAUUGACUGGAAAGCACCUGCAUUCAACUUUGGUAUUCCUAGCUUACCCUGGAUCAACGGACGCGACCUAGCAGGCCUUGUGCUGCAAGUCCCUAGCGAGAACUCACGCGUUCGUGUGGGUGAUAUUGUCCUAGUACCAUCAACAGAUUAUCGAGAUAUCAGAAAAGCAGCAUUUCAAGAAUAUGCAAUUGCCACCGACUUCAACGCAGCACGAAUUCCAUCAUCUACAUCUAUCCAUGCGUCUGCUUCCCUCGGAGUAGCAUUCGUGGCCUCCGUCUUGGCCCUCGGCGUCUCAUUUGGACUAGACUUUUCCGUUCUUUCAAAAUCCCCGGGCCCCAAUCUGCCUCGAAUUAUCGACCAACUGGAACAAAAUACUAUUCCAGCCGAUAUACAGGAUGAGUGCUUUGUAUCUGAAUCUGAACGCCCGAAGCGUGGUGACUGGGUUGCAAUCUGGGGAGCCUCAACAACAACUGGCUUAGUAACUUUGCAAUUAGCCAAACUGGCCGGACUACGAGUAAUUUGCGUUGCUGAUGCUGCACGACAUGGAGCUAAGCUUUUGGAGUCUGGUGCCGAUCUCAUCGUGGACCGACACGAUACCAAUCGCGCCGUGGAGAUCAUCCGCGGAAUCACGGGCGGCAAACUACGAUAUGCGAUUGAUAUCGUUGGAAAAGAGACAGCGACUCUACUCGAGAAAACUCUAGAUCCUUCGGGUCAUUCUCAUUUGCUGGGGCUCACAGGGUUACCCAAAGAGCGCAAUCCCGGAAUCCGUUACCAUACCGUGCCUAUCAAGCUAUUCCAUACUGCACCCACAGUGGGCGAGAGCAUGGUUCGCUGGCUAGAAGACCUACUCCAGUCAAAUACCCUCACUCUCCCCGAGAUUGUUCGCGCCGAGGGGGGACUGGAAGGGAUCAAUGCUGCAUUGGAUUUGCUUCGAAGUGGAUCUGUUUCGGGGAAAAGGAUUGUAGUCGGGCUUGACUAG